AUGGAUUGCAUUAUUUUUCAGCAUUCAUUCUUCCUCAAACCCUCAAACACAUCCUUAAAUCUUACUCACCAGCUCGGAAGCACAAGUAGAAUUCAGGCAUGGAAGUUCGGAACUUGCUGCGGCAAUCAGAACGUAAACGGUUCGUUGCUGUUCGAUCAAUCUUCGUCCUCCCCUUUACCUCCUUUUGGGACGCUGGAAACUGAAAUAACCAACGAAACCAUCGAUUUCAUUGUGAGCGAUGCUGAGGGCGAUCCUGACCGUCCGUCUCCAGACUACUCUUCAAUCGAACAAGCACUUACUGCUUUGCGACAAGAAAAGUUUGUGAUGGUUGUGGAUGAGGAUGAAAUUGGUAAUGUAGAAGGGAGUCUUGUAAUGGGGGCAUGCCACGCGAGCGAGAAGAGAAUAGGAUUCAUGGUGAGACAUGGGUCGGGCAUAGUCUCGGUGGGGAUGAAAGGGGAGGAUCUUGAGAAGCUUAAGCUGCCUUUGAUGUCCCCUGAAAACGAAGACGAUUCUUCGGCUCCUUCAUUCACUAUCACAGUGGAUGCUAAAGUUGGGACAUCAACCGGUGUAUCGGCUUCAGAUAGAGCAAACACCGUUCUUGCUCUGGCAUCCCCAAAAUCGAGACCCGAAGAUUUCAAGAGACCAGGCCAUGUCUUCCCGUUAAAGUACAGAAAUGGUGGUGUUUUACGUAGAGUGGGCCACACUGAGGCUUCUGUUGAUUUGGUAACGCUAGCUGGUUUGCGGCCAGUCUCUGUUCUAACAUCUGUAGUCGACUUUGAAGAUGGUUCUCUGGCUUCCUUGGCCUAUUUAAAAAAGUUUUCCUCAGAUCACGACCUUCCAAUUGUUUCCAUCACUGAUCUCAUAAGGUACCGGCGGAAGAGGGAAAAACUAGUGGAAAGAAUAGCGAUUUCGCAAUUCCCGACUAAAUGGGGUACGUUUCACCUGCACUGUUACCGUUCGAAGCUUGACGGGAUGGAGCAUAUGGCCAUCGUUAAGGGAGAUAUUGGAAAUGGGCAAGAUGUUUUUGUAAGGGUCCACUCUGAGUGUUUGACCGGCGACAUUUUUGGGUCACGGCGUUGUGACUGUGGCAGUCAGUUGGAUUUGGCUAUGCAAAUAAUCGAGCAAGCUGGGAGAGGUGUUGUUGUAUAUUUACGCGGCCAUGAAGGGCGUGGGAUCGGGCUUGGUCACAAACUUCAGGCUUAUAAUUUGCAGGAUGAGGGCCACGACACCGUCGAGGCCAAUCUUGAGCUUGGUUUUGCUGCCGAUGCACGCGAAUAUGGUAUUGGUGCCCAGAUACUGCACGACAUUGGUGUUCACACAAUGCGGCUGAUGACAAACAAUCCGGCCAAGUUUGCGGGUCUUAGAGGCUAUGGUUUGGCAGUUGUGGGACGAGUUCCGGUGCUAACACCCAUCACGGAGGACAACAAGCGCUACCUUGAGACCAAACGAGUAAAGAUGGGUCACAUAUAUGGAUCUGAUCUUCAUGAACCAUCGGCUCAUUUUAUCAAACCAACUACAGAAGAAUCCAACCAAGUAUAG